UAGCAUAAGAACUCAAGUUCAAGCAACAUUCAGCUUCAAAGUUCAAACUAAAUUUUCUCUUGCCCAUUUCUCCUCCUUUUCCCUCAUAAAAUCAAAACCCCUACCAUCAGAUCGUAAUUCAAAUUGAUUUUGGUCUGAUGGAUUGUGACAUUUUAUUUUAAGUAGAUUUGAUAUAUUGUCUAAUUUUAAACUGUAGUCCUUUGGUUUCCUUUUUCCAUCUCAAAAGCAAUUCUAUUCAACCUAUUGAGUUCAGAAUAUCAAGAUGGAUAAGGUAACCAAAAUGGUCUCAGAGAAUGGGUUAGUGAUCUUCAGCAAGAGCACAUGUUGCUUGUGCUAUGCCGUCAACAUUCUAUUUCAUGAACUUGGGGUGACUCCCUUGGUUCAUGAGAUCGAUCAGGACCCUGAAGGAAGGGAAAUGGAGAAGGCUCUCAUGAGGAUGGGGUGUAGUGCACCAGUACCUGCAGUCUUCAUAGCUGGAAAGCUGGUGGGAUCCACCAACGAAGUCAUGUCCCUCCACCUAAGUGGCUCUCUUAUUCCAUUGCUGACGCCAUAUCAGAAUCUAUCCUAAAAUUCUACUGCACUGUCACAUAUUAGCUAGAACUUAGAAGAAUAAAGCUCAACAGCAGUGAGCUCAAAUUAAGUAGUGUAUGCAGCUGUGUUUCUGUAUUAAAUACUCAACAGCAGUGAGCUCAAAUUAAGUAGUGUAUGCAGCUGUGUUUGUGUAUUGAAUCUAUUGUAGCUUUCGAUUAGCUUUGGCAUGUAGCCUAUGUACCCAGCAAAAAUUUGUAGCCUAUCUGCUUUCCUUAAUGAAGUUAGCUUUAUUUA